CAUCUCUUCGCCUCCUUCUCAGAUUGCUCGACGGUCUCCGCGAUCCUCCAGCGCCUGGCAUCACCCACACUUCGACCACCACCCUCACGCUCCGCCAUAGCGCGCUCUCCCGUCCAUCUUCACCGCCGCCCCGCCGAGUCUGUAGCAAUUCCGCCCCUGGCACUCCUCCCGCCGCCCUCGGGGGUUGAGCUCGCUUUUUGGAGGCAUCUCCAGCCGUUCGUUACCUGCCUCACCUUAUCUUCUUCCCCGUCGCCGUUGCUAUUCCGCCCCCCCCCCCGGCGCCGUGCAACACUCGGCCUCUUUAUUGCGAUUCCAGUAGUUCCGUAGAGCGCUCCGCUCUGCUGGCUGGAUCCAGAGUGGCUUCUUCUCAACGCCUCCCCCGAGCUCGGUCGACGUCCAUCGCGGUCCAGGACCAAAACCAAAUGGGGCUUGUACAAAAUCUCGUCAAGAGGAUACCCUCCUCGCCCAGCAUUCCCGGCCUCGAUGACCUACAACGACGGGCGGACAAGCUGUCUCCCCGAUUAGCCUUCUUCCGCCGCCGCAUACGAAUAAAAGGGAACUCGUCCAUCUCGAUACCCCUAGGCAUUGUUCUGCUCUUCCCAUGCUUGGUCAUAAUAUUAAUACUCAUACUGUUCGUGCGGCAUCCCCAAUCACCGGGGAUUAUGAUGAUGCCCGCUGGGGCGCCUCCAUCGAUACGGAAAAUCAACGACAAGUACGACAAAGUCUUCGUGACAGGCUGCCUGGAGCCCCAGGUGGACGGUCCUCGAGCGAACGCAGCCUUUGUGGUACUAGCGAGGAACAAGGAAUUGGACGGCGUGCUCCAAUCCAUUAAAUCGAUCGAACGGCACUUCAAUCGCUGGUUCCACUACCCAUAUGUCUUCCUCAACGAUGGCGACUUCAACUCGACGUUCAAGGAGGCGAUAUUGAAUCAUACUAGCGGAUCGGUGGAAUGGGGAAAGAUAGAUUCGACAAUGUGGGGGUAUCCAUCGUGGACGGACAUGGCGGUUGCAAAGGAGGGAAUCGCGAAACAGGGCGAUGCGGCAAUCAUGUAUGGUGGCAUGGAGAGCUAUCACCAUAUGUGCCGAUUCUACUCUGGAUUCUUCUACAAGCACGAGCUAUUGCAAAAGUACGAAUGGUAUUGGAGGCUGGAGCCCGAGAUCAAAUACUUCUGCGACAUCACCUACGACCCGUUCAUCCACAUGGAACGCGAGAAGAAGACGUAUGGCUUUACCAUCGCAGUGAAGGAGCUCAAGGAAACAGUGCCGAACAUUUUCCGCUACGCAUCGGCAUUCAAGCGAAACAAUAACAUUACUUCACAGGGCCUAUGGGAGAUGUUUACCGUGAAGCCCGAUGAGAAGAAGUCGCUGCCAAAGGACGAUCCCAAGUAUAAGAAGCCCUUGCCGGAGGAGAUCCUCAACACCGAACCUGGGGCGGGAUCACUACCGGAGAUCAGUCUAGACGCGAUGGAGGGCGAGGAGUACAACAUGUGCCAUUUCUGGAGUAACUUUGAGAUUGCCAGGCUGGAUUGGUUCCGGAGUAAAGAAUACAACGAUUUCUUUGAGAUGAUGGACCGCAGCGGAGGGUUUUGGAUGGAGCGGUGGGGAGAUGCUCCGAUCCAUUCACUGGCAGCCGGGGCUCUCCUAAGUCCAAAGGACAUUCACUACUUCCGAGACUUUGGGUAUCGGCACACGACGAUUCAGCAUUGCCCGGCCAAUGCGCCUGCCCGCCAGCUCCCCCGGAUACCGUUCUUGGAGAAGACGACAAAGGACGAGAAGAAGCGGAUCGAGGAGGACGAAUACUGGGCGUCGUUCGACCCACCAAAAGAAAACGGCGUGGGGUGUAGAUGUAAAUGCGACACGGACAUUGUGGACGUCGAGGGCAAGCAGGGCAGCUGCCUCGCAGAAUGGGUGGACGUGGCUGGGGGUUGGGCAUCACCAUAGACAUGGGAGACGGCGUACGCGUGUGGGUUCUAAGCUUCAUAAUACCGUUCGAAUAUGGCUUUUGUCUUCUUUGGUGGCCAGGGACGAGGUUUGGCCUGGAUGGAGGGAGACACUUCUGGGAUGUAUCAUGGAGUUUAGACGGCUGCACACUGUAUUUAUUCGCCCGCUUGGGGCCGCUCGAUGGGCAGCAACUCCGCAUCACGUCGAGACGCCGUCGUCAUGUAUAUCGCCAAGCAGCGGCUGUUCCCUUUCGCCUGUCGCCCU